AUGCCUUUCUUCCCACGCUUCCACUACCCCGAGCAGACCGGCUACGCCUCCUCGAGCUUCCCGACCGAUAUCCUGCGCCUCCUUGAGGGCCUCGACGCGCCGUCCAGCUCCACCGCCACGGGUCCCUCGGGCAGCAGCAGCUCCACCACCGGCCGCCGCGCCUUCAGCCCGAACUUCGACGUGCACGAGACGCAGCACGAGUACAUCCUCGAGGGCGAGGUGCCGGGCCUCUCCGACAAGAAGAACGUGUCCAUCGAGUUCACCGACGACAAGACGGUCCUGAUCCAGGGCAAGAUCGAGCGUGCGGUGCGCGGCUGGGUCGACGAGGCCGGCAACGUCAAGGCUAUCGAGCAGGGUGAACAGCAGAAGCAGAUCGAGCAGGCGGGCGAAGAGCAGAAGGAGAAGCAGAAGGAACAGCAGAAGCAGCCCGAUGCUGAGAAGAGGUCGAAGUACUGGGUCUCUGAACGCAGCGUCGGAGAGUUCAGUCGCAGCUUUAGCUUCCCCGGACACGUCGAUAUCGACAACGUCAAGGCUAGCCUCGAGCAUGGUAUCUUGAAGGUCGUCGUUCCCAAGCUUGAGAAGAAGUCGGGACGCAAGAUUGAGGUUGCUUGA